AUGGUGUGUCCGGUACUAGAACGGGCGAGUCAGCAGAAAAUCGACGCUCCCACGGAGUAUCCCUACGAGCCUCUCUACCGUCCGUGGAGCUGGGUGCUGAGCACGUUUGGAAACUUCUUCAUCUUCGCCGCCAUCGUCCUCGUAGGCUACGCCCUCUACCGCCGGCGACGACGCAAGAGCUCCAAGAACGGGCCCGAGCCCUCCGUGAGCUUCAGGAGGGUGGAUCAGGGCAAGAAGAGAGAGGGGCGGGACGACGUUCUGGUAUUGGGCGCUGAGACUAGUUUCGGGAGACACCUGGUGAAACGUCUUCUCGCUGACGGUGGCUACAACGUUCACUGCCUGCAUUCUUACAUACCCUACCAGGAAGAUAGACUCCGGGACGUGUGUUCGUACAUCCAGGCCGACAUAUGCUGCUACGAUGACAUGCUUCUCUGUACACGUGAGGUGAAGGCAGUGUUUCAUGCUGGAAACCUUGCCCCUCGUGACUCCUUUGGAAAGCGGGUGGAUUUCCUCCACCACAAUGUUAAAGGUACUGAGAACGUCGUUUGCGUCUGCAGAGAAAACGGCGUGAAGAGGCUGGUGUACACUAGUUCCGCGGCAGUAGUAGUUGGCAAAGAUUGGAGCCGGAGAAACGCUGAUGAAACUGCACCGUACCCCAAAUCACACGGGAACGUUUACCGAGCAUCUCUUGCCUCUGCGGAGCAAGUCGUGCUGGACGCCAACGGGAAAGACGGACUUUCAACGUGUGCCAUGAGACUCGCCCCCGUGAUUUGGAGCGAAAACGAUCCCCUCAUCGAAAGCCUUUUAACCCAGUCGAUGCUGGUAGUUGAUGGAUCCGCUCACAGUGUGACGGCAGUUACACCCGAGGCUGCCGCCAGAGCCCACGUUAUUGCCGACAAAAAACUCCAGAGUGGCUCUGACUCUGUCGUCGGAGGCAAGGCGUAUAAUCUCGGAGACAAUGCUCGAACCUCGUACCGAGACCUAGUUGGUACCCUUUCAUCAGACGACAAGACGAUAUGGAGCCAACCACCACCAACCGAGAUCUCUAAGUCAGUGAUGACAGUUCUCGCCUACGUCAACUACUACGGUUACAAACUGACAGGUACACUCGUCCACAACGUGACCGUCUCCCCACUCAUGAUGGACAUACACACCACCGAACUGUCGUUUAGCAGCACCCGGGCCAAGCAAGACCUAGGCUGGGAAGAGAAGACGGAAUGGCAGACGGCUGUGGCUGGUCUCGUUCAGGCCCACAAGGCCGGUAGGGAAGGAAAGAAAGAACAAUAG